AUGAGCUCGGUCAUGGCGGCGUCCCGGCGAGCAGCCGUAACGGCGGCGGGCCUCCGGCGCGCACCGGCGGCGGCGGCGGCGGCGGCGGCGACACGAGGGGGGGUCAUGACGGCGGGGGCCACCAGGGGUAUGGCUUCCAACUCGGCCCUCACGGCGGCGUACAACACCGUGUGGAAGAGCAACCCGAUGUACAUCACGUACAUCAUCGGAGCCUCGGUGGUGCUCGAGUUCGUCUAUGGGAAGGUCGGAGACAGCAUUUUUAACUCCAUCAACAAGGGGAAACAAUACGACGACAUCGACUGGUCCAAGUUUGCAGAGGAUGAGGAAGAGGAGGAAGAAGAGGAUGAGGAAGAGGAAGACGAGGAGUAGAUCAGUUUUUCUGUGACCACACACUGUCGUAGUUGGGAGCCGUGUGGACAGCUAUCCCGCUAGCUCCCGCCGCAGGCCUUUUGCCUGUCCAACAACCACGAGAAGCGAUGGUUUUAGCGUGUGUGUUUUUUUUGCUGCGGGGAGGGGUAGGGCUUGAAGCCCCCCUUCCUUGGGGUGUGACAACCCUAUCUUGUCUUUUUCAUCCCUCGCCCUUUUGUGGCGGUGGGCCGAUAAGAUGUCGCGAGUUGUUUCGUCUUUCUCCAGUCUUGUCGUGUUUUGGGCCGGAAGGGGGCGUGGGUAUACAUGCCCGGGCUUUGUGUUGUCGCUGAGCGCACGGAAGUGGCGUUUGAGCUACGGACAGGGAGCCAGCAGGGAGAGCAACGGUGGUGCCAAAAAAGUCACAGCCGAACACAUGUACCACGUGUUCUUCUCUAGUUGUGCUUGCCGGAAAAGACCUUCUUGAGGUGACGGCUGGCGCCAUACGAGACGAAAUCACAAAGGCAAACACGAAAACGACGCACUGCCGCUUCUGUCAAUCAUCGUCUUCUCAACUACUGCUGUGUGCCACCUUGAAGCCCGCGCCAGUCUAGGUUGGUACGCGGUGUUUCCGCAAGAGCGCGAGGUGGUUUUGAGACAGCAAGCUCAAAGAGGGCAAUCGCAGCUUGGUGUUCGGACGCCACAAAAAGAAGCAACACAAAUGGUACAACCGUGAGGGUGCUGUCCGACACGACACAUUGGAGGGAGUGGACCUCAAACGUA